AUGGUUGUCCCCAGAUUGUACGCUGCGACCUCACGCAGCGCGCUCAAGGCCGCUCAGGCCGGCCAGCGCAUGAACAUGAAUGCCGCCAGAACCAUGGCCACCCAGGCCGCCGCCGCUCACGGUAAGGUGCGUGCCGUCAUUGGUGCCAUUGUCGAUGUGCAGUUCGAGCAGGGCCAAUUGCCCGAGAUUUUGAACGCAUUGGAGAUCGACACCAAGCAGGGCAAGCUAGUUCUGGAAGUGUCCCAGCACUUGGGUGAGAACACGGUGCGUACCAUCGCUAUGGACGGUACCGAAGGUCUCGUUCGUGGUGAGCAGGUUGUUGACACCGGCGCGCCAAUCUCUGUCCCAGUCGGCAGAGAGACCCUGGGUAGAAUCAUCAACGUCGUCGGUGAGCCCAUCGACGAAAGAGGUCCAAUUUUGACCAAGAAGAGAAACCCAAUUCACGCCGAGCCCCCUGCGUUCGUGGAGCAGUCCACCGCCGCUGAGGUCUUGGAAACUGGUAUCAAGGUCGUCGAUCUUUUGGCCCCAUACGCCCGUGGUGGUAAGAUUGGUCUGUUCGGUGGUGCCGGUGUCGGUAAGACCGUGUUCAUUCAGGAGCUGAUUAACAACAUCGCCAAGGCUCACGGUGGUUUCUCCGUCUUCACCGGUGUCGGUGAGAGAACCAGAGAGGGUAACGACUUGUACCGUGAAAUGAGAGAGACCGGUGUCAUCAACUUGGAGGGUGACUCCAAGGUCGCUCUGGUUUUCGGUCAGAUGAACGAGCCUCCAGGAGCCCGUGCCCGUGUCGCUUUGACCGGUUUGACCAUCGCUGAGUACUUCAGAGACGAAGAAGGCCAGGAUGUGUUGCUUUUCAUCGACAACAUUUUCAGAUUCACCCAGGCCGGUUCCGAAGUGUCUGCCCUGUUGGGUCGUAUCCCAUCCGCUGUCGGUUACCAGCCAACCUUGGCCACCGAUAUGGGUUUGUUGCAGGAGAGAAUUACCACCACCAAGAAGGGUUCCGUCACCUCCGUCCAGGCCGUUUACGUCCCUGCUGAUGACUUGACUGACCCUGCUCCAGCCACCACUUUCGCUCACUUGGACGCCACCACUGUGUUGUCCAGAGGUAUCUCUGAGUUGGGUAUCUACCCAGCUGUCGACCCAUUGGACUCCAAGUCCAGACUUUUGGACGCUUCCGUUGUCGGCCAAGAGCACUACGACGUUGCCACUCAGGUUCAACAGACCCUGCAGGCCUACAAGUCUCUGCAAGACAUCAUCGCCAUUUUGGGUAUGGACGAGUUGUCCGAACAGGACAAGCUGACUGUCGAGAGAGCCCGUAAGAUCCAGAGAUUCUUGUCCCAGCCUUUCGCUGUCGCCGAGGUUUUCACUGGUAUCCCAGGUAGACUGGUCAGAUUGAAGGACACCAUUUCCUCUUUCAAGGCUGUGUUGGACGGUAAGUACGACCACCUGCCAGAAAACGCUUUCUACAUGGUGGGCGGUAUCGAAGAUGUCGUUGCCAAGGCUGAGAAGUUGGCUUCCGAGGCUAACUAA